AUGACAGUGUGGCCGUUGGCGGAAAACUCGCUGUCCAUAAGCCCGUGUACCACCGCCUCGGCUUCAGCGUCUAGUGCAGAAGUGACCUCGUCAAGCAGCAUCACCGGCAGCGCGCCUUCGGAACGCAGCGCCGCGGCCUUGAGAAUGCCCCGAGACAGGUUCAAGAGCUGGGUUUGGCCUGGUGAGAGCGUCGGGCACCGGGACAGCGGGGCUGAGGAGCGGGCAAGCUCUAUCCAGGAUGUUGAUGCUGCUAUGAUUGCCAAGUGCGUCCUCCGGGUCGAGAUUGAAGCGGAGCGUUUUGUUGGGCAGCAGGAAACUGUCCUGCGAUACAGCCACGAAGCACCGCUGCCGCAAAAAGUCGCGCGUUCUAUGUGCCCGGAUUGCGUGUCCAGCAGUCGGAGCAGGGCCAAGAGGAGGGAGCUCUUACCGCUGCCGGUUCGGCCACAGAUGGUGACCUUUUGGCCGGAGUUGAUGGUCAGGCCGAGGCCAGGGAGUGCGACUGCUUCGGCGCUAUAG